GCCCCUCCAGCCUGGGCUGCCCCGCUGGCACCCCCUGCGCCCAUCGUCCUGGCCAGGAGAGGAAGGCCACCGUAGCGGCCGGCUGACCCUCACAGCAGAGGCUUCCCAGUGCUUUUUCCCCACCUGGGAUUAGGAUUUGUCGUCAUCCUCAUUUCGUCAGCUUCUCCCUCCCCGUCGGGUUAGUUAGCCCCCAGGAAGAAGGCUGCUUAGUAAUUUUCCCUUUUACCUGCACAGCCUCCAUGGGAGUCCCCUGACAGAUGCAGGCUUGGCCCUCCUCAACCCUGCUCUCUCCAUCCACCCCUCGCUGGUGGCUCUGGAUCUAGGAGACUGCAUGCUGGGUGAUGAAGGCAUCAACCUUAUCUGUGGGCUCCUGCCGCCUGACGGGGCCAAGUCCGGCCUCAAAGAGCUAACACUGAGCGCCAACCCGGGUGUCACAAGCAAAGGCUGGGGACGCUUGGCCAUUGCCGUGGCUCACAGCUCACAGCUUCGCGUGCUGAACCUGGACUACAACCCCCUAGGUGACCAAGUAGCAGGGAUGCUCGCUGUCGCUGUGGCCUCCAGUCGAACCCUCGAAGUUCUGGACUUGGAGGGAACAGGACUUACCAACCAGUCAGCCCAGACCUUGCUGGACAUGGUAGAGAAUUACCCCACAGCCCUACGGACACUCAUCCUGGCGGAGAACAACAUUAGUCCCGAGCUGCAGCAGCAGAUCUCUGACCUGCUCUCAGAGGGUGAGGAAGAGGAGGAGACAGAGGCUCGUGAAGUCACAACCAGGGAGAAGAACCCCUGGAUCUGCCAGAACAGUUCCAGCUCCCAGAUGGUCCUGAUGACAUCAGGUCUUGGUGACAGCCUCUUAGCAGAAACAGAAAUGUAGCUGGGCUACCCUGCCUGCUUCUGCUGAGAAGAGCACCGUGCCCGCUGGGGGAGUGUGCGUCUGCCAGCCCCCCUGCCUCCAGUGGGCUGCCCCAGCUGUCUUCUCACACAUUUCACGUCCUGUUGAUGCCUCCCUCGGCUCUCUGAGUGCUGGAGCCUGGUCUGAGUGAAUCUCUACACACAUCUCUGUGUUGUCACGCGCCCUGUUGGCCGCUUGUGAUUGUCCAGUCGCUGCAUGUGUAGCUCCACGCUGCCCUGCCCCCCCCCUCCAUUCCCCCACCGCCUGGCUGUGCCCGCAGGGUGCAAGGCUGUAUUUAUUCAGAUGUGUAUAAGAGAUGUUCUUUCUAUUGCUUGUACUGCUGUCGCGAUGAGAGUUUUAUAAAGGUCACAGACGUGGCACCACUCACGGUGGCGUGAGCCUCCAUCACGCUGCGUCCCCGGUGGGACAGACACCGAUGGGUACCGGCAGCUGCCCAGCGACAGGAGCAGGCAGGAGCUGCCCUGGGGGGCUCAGAGCAC